AUGGACGAUGCCGCGGUCCUGAGGAAGAAGGGCUACAUCGUGGGCAUCAACCUGGGAAAGGGCUCCUACGCCAAGGUCAAGUCCGCCUACUCGGAGCGCCUCAAGUUCAACGUGGCAGUCAAGAUCAUCGACCGGAGGAAGACGCCCACCGACUUCGUGGAGAGGUUCCUGCCCCGGGAGAUGGACAUCCUGGCGACCGUCAACCACCGCUCCAUCAUCAAGACCUACGAGAUCUUCGAGACGUCCGACGGCCGCAUCUACAUCGUCAUGGAGCUCGGCGUGCAGGGCGACCUCCUCGAGUUCAUCAAGUGCCGGGGGGCCCUGCACGAGGACGUGGCGCGCAGGAUGUUCCGGCAGCUGUCCUCGGCCGUCAAGUACUGCCACGACCUGGACGUCGUCCACCGCGACCUCAAGUGCGAGAACCUCCUCCUCGACAAGGACUUCAACAUCAAGCUGUCCGACUUCGGCUUCUCCAAGCGCUGCCUGCGGGACGGCAGUGGCCGGCUGACGCUGAGCAAGACCUUCUGCGGGUCGGCGGCGUACGCGGCCCCCGAGGUGCUGCAGGGCAUCCCCUACCAGCCCAAGGUGUACGACAUCUGGAGCCUGGGCGUGAUCCUCUACAUCAUGGUCUGCGGCUCCAUGCCGUACGACGACUCCGACGUCAAAAAGAUGCUGCGAAUCCAGAAGGAGCACCGCGUGGACUUCCCGCGCUCCAAGCACCUGACGGGCGAGUGCAAGGACCUCAUCUACCGGAUGCUGCAGCCGGACGUCACCCGGCGCCUGCACAUCGACGAGAUCCUCAGCCACGCGUGGCUGCAGCCCCCCAAGCCCAAGGCCAUGCCCUCCGCCUCCUUCAAGCGGGAGGGCGAGGGCAAGUACCGGGCUGACUGCAAGCUGGACCCGCGGCCUGAGCACCGGCCCGACCACAAACUGGGGGCCAAGACCCAGCACCGGCUGCUCGUGGUGCCCGAGACCGAGGACCGCGUGGAGGAGCGGCUGGCCGAAGCCUCCAGGGGCAAGGACCCCCACGUCUCCGGGGCCGAGGUGGGGAAGGCAAGCACCGAGCGGUGCUGA